AUGAGACUAACUAUCGUUGUCUUUUAUAAUGAUUUAGCUGAAUAUACGACAGCAGUGACUAUUAUCCAACCGACACAAACAAUCUACGAACAACUGCUACAAUCUCAAGGUGCAUCGGCUCUCACAUGCCCAUGCUCUGAAAUGGCCAUCGGUUACGAAUCAUUUGUUCGAAUAAAUACAUCACUUCAUCAGAUAUUUACAAGUGCAUUUAUCGAAGAUAAUUGGAUCACUAGUUUAACUGAUAAUAAUGGCGAUUGGUCGAAUUCAACUGAUAGUAACGAUUUUCGUGUGCAAGAUGUCAGCUAUUUUACAAUGCUUCGUACUCUUUGUUCACUUUUCGAAUUGUUAGUGGAUGCUGCAAAAAAUGCUUCACUUGCUACAUCCAUGUUCAGUUCACAAAUUUUACCAUCAGAGCAACUUUUCUCACAAGUUAAUUCCGAUCUAACUUGGCUAAAAAACUAUCAAACAACUACAGUAGUUCUAUCAUUCAACUUAUUCGAGCUGUAA